AUGAAGUUCACCACCUCCCUCCUCGCCAUCGGCAUCGUCGGCGCCCAGUCGAUGGAGCCGAUCAGCGAGAACCCGGCGCGCAAGUAUGGAAAACCCAGCAUCGCGGCCUGUCAUAACUGCAACGACGCCAACGGCGCCAGCGACUCGUACAAGGAUUUCGACUGCGACAUGCCCUGCGCCCGGGCUGGCAUGAACGAGGGGGCCAGCAAAAUAUCUCGAACGAAUUAUGCUCACGGACUGAGCGAGCAAGAGUGA